AUGCCGCCUGAAGCGAACGCCUUGUGCAGAUAUGGAGACCCAUUUGAAGGCGGCACAAAUGCAGUUGUUAAAUACGAAGCCGGCAUAGGAACUGCUCAAGGUGAAGCGGACAUGGUUGUAUUUCAAGAGGUGAACAAACCGUGUAUACCUUGUACAGAUGCUUGUUCACAGUUUGAUUGUGACAGUGAUUGCAAGUUUGACGGCUACACACUGAUAAAUUUCACUGUCAAAGACAUAGUUAUCGAUGCUUCUUACAAUAAAGCGUUAUACAUCUCUGUAAAAGCUGUUAUUGGAUCCGGCGAAGAGGUUGUAUCAUCAUCCAAUGGUUUCUAUAUUGACCUUACACCGCCUUCGUUCGACGAGGAAGUGAUGAUGUAUAUAGAUGUUCGUCAAGGAGAUUUUACGCCCUCUGACUUUCAAGGAUCAAAUGAUACCAUAAAAGCAGUUUGGCUUUGUAAUGACACCAAGAGUGAAAUAGCGAAAUAUGAAUGGGCUAUCGGGACAACGGUUGGUUAUGAGGAUAUUCAACCGUAUACGUCAACAGGAACUGUUAGCACUGGAACAAACAAUGAAUUAGAAGGGCAGCUUAAACACAAUUCUACGUAUUACGUCAGCAUAAAAUGUACUAACAUGGCUGGUUUAACAACUAUAUGGAAGGACAGAAAAGGUGUAACAGUACUUCUCGAAGCUCCAGAUCCCGAUACAGUAGACGCCGACGCUGUUGGUGCUGAACACUUUGAUAAAGAGGUUUACCCAACGACAGCCGUUAAAUCUAUGGAUCCUAGUGCAUGCGGGGAAUCUUGGACUGUUAGUACAGAUCCGAAUAUCAGACGUUACGAUUUUUGUGUUGGAAGUUCAAUGGAAAAUCAAAGUGAUAUAAUACCAUGUGUUUGGGUUGGAUAUAACAUGUCAGGAGUUGUCGAAAUCAAAUACGGUUAUCUUUAUAUAGACAGCACACCAUAUCGUAAAAUUUCUGAGCUUCGCGUUUUAAGCAAAGGAAUUUUCGAUUACAGUACGGCAAACGAAGAUGAUAAUACAUUUCGUAUGGAAAGCGGAAGAACUCUUUUCUUAUUUAUGCGACUAUGCAACAAAGCUGAAAUAUGCAUCGAUAAAUUUGUAAACUCUUUACUGAUAACUGAUGAAAAGUCAGUACUCUUCAGCAGUGAAUCUGGGAAGAGCAAACUAUUUCAGCUAAAAUAUACACAGAAUAACAGAGUGAAACGUACUUCUUCUCAGCUUUUCAUCGAAAUGCCAAAUGGUAUGGAAGAAGGUCAGAGUAUCUUAUUCAAUGAGUUGACUGAAGAAAACAUGACGUCACGCUACGACUCAGUGGCUUCCACAACAUUUACAUCUUAUAUUGUCAACCCACAAGAUACUUUUAAUAGGACGGAAAGACUCUUAUACAGGAGGUAA